AUGACUGAUCUCAACUAUCUCCAGCAGGCUCUCCGGAAGGGGGCCUUUCAAAGCACAACAUCCCUUCAAAAGCCGUUAUCAGACGCACAAUAUAGCGCAGGAUUUGAUAUCUUGGUGCAAGGCCCAGGAUGGAUCACUUAUCGAGACUUCAUUAUCCCUCAGCUCUCCGAGCUCCUAGCGCCUUUUUACGCGUCUCGCAUUCCUAUCUCGGUGCUAGAAAUCGGGCCGGGUCCAAAAAGCAUACUUGGACAUCUGCCGGCACAUCUGAGAGCGACGGUGAGCACAUACGCCGCCUUUGAGUCUAACGGUCUGUUCGCUACCGAGUUGGAAAAAUGGCUUUGUGUCAAAUCAAUCAAAGAGCGCCCGUUGCCCAACCUGAAGCAACGACCGUCCAUCCAUCGGAAGCCAUUCGUCCUGCAACACAGCGGUAGGGACAAUAGUGGCAGUCUGAGCGAAGCUGACCAAAGAUUCAACAUCAUCAUACUCUGCCAUAGCAUGUAUGGCAUGAAGCCCAAACACCAGUUUCUGAAGCGAGUGCUGAAUAUGCUGGUUGGAUUGCCUGAAGCUGGCAUGGUAGUGAUUUUCCAUCGCGGUCGGUCCUUGGACUUCAACGGGCUGGUGUGUCACAAAAUGGCGUCUUUUCCCACUGGGAUUGUUUCUGUGGCGAAUGAAGAUGAGGAAAUCGACCGCUUUUCUCGUUUCAUGGCCGGGUACGUCAUGCAGGAUGAAGAGACCGACAAAGUCGUCCAGCUUGAAUGGCGUAACCUGUGCCGCAGCCUGGCCGGUCGUGAAGAAGCUGAACCAGAACGUCUCAUUUUCAGUUCACCCAACAUCAUGGCUUCUUUCACGAGACAUGCAACCGCAUUACAAGAGCUAGGGAGACAAGUCCCGUUUUUGCCAGGCAAUGAGACGAUCAAAAAUCGAGAGGCACGCCUUCACCACCCCGCACGAAUUAUGAGACCGAGAGAGAUCAGGCAUGUCCAGCAAUGUGUCCGAUGGGCCCUAGAAUAUGGGCUUAAUCUGACCAUUGUUGGUGGGGGUCACAGCGGCCACUGCCUUUGGCCGAGUGUUGUUUCAGUCGAUAUGAGUGCUUUUAACCAGGUACAUGUUGUGAUGGCAAAGGGUGGCGAGGAGGAUUCCGCUCCUGAUUCAGAACUGUUAGUUGUUGCAGAGGCCGGCUGUAAGUCUGGAGAUAUUGUUCAUAAAGCCAUGUUAGAGGGCGUCACGGUGCCUCUGGGAGCUCGCCCAAGCGUUGGGUGCGGGUUAUGGCUGCAAGGGGGCAUCGGACAUUUGGCAAGAUUUCAUGGUCUCGCGUGCGACGCCAUCGUCGGUGCUGUGGUCGUCAGCGUUGAUUCUGGCCGGGUCUUCUGCAUUGGCCAUGUUCCGAGCGCACACCAGCCUACCGCUGCUGAAAGACCCAGUAACGAGAGUGACUUGCUAUGGGCAAUUAAAGGGGCUGGCACCAAUAUUGGCAUCGUGAUCAGUGUUACUUUCAAAGCUUGCGUGGCUUCGCCAGUUUUGAUUCGAAAUUGGGAUGUGCCGGUAAGCCACGGCAUCGAGGUACGCGAAAAGCUUAGCGAUUUUAACAAAUUCGCGGGAGAUCUUUCCCAAGACUGUUCAGCGGACGCAUAUCUAUACUGGGAAACUGGCCAGAUGCAUCUUGGAGUCACUUUAUUCGACACCAGUUCGGUUGAAUCUACGUGUAAGGACUCAAGGUCAAAACACAUGCUACCAGAAACCGUUUUUGGCCCAGAAAAGAGUGUCAAAGUCGUGGACAGCGUUGGUUUAUUUGAAGCCGAUAUCUAUGUGUCAAAAAUGCACGGCGGGCAUGGGAACGGCAAAACGUCCUCUUUCAAGCGAUGUUUGUUCUUGAAAAAUAUUGGAGCACUGAGCAUUACGGACUGCUUAGUGGCGGCAAUUGAGAAUCGUCCGACAUCGCUUUGCUACGUCCAUUUACUGCAAGGCGGGGGGGCGAUCCGUGAAGUGGCGGCCGAUGCGACCGCUUUUGGCUGCAGGGAUUGGGACUUCGCCUGUGUCAUCACCGGCGUCUGGGCUCGCAGCCAAGAUGGGACCAAAUUUGCUCAAGCAGCCACGCAAUGGGUCUAUAGGGUUACCCGCGAUCUCCUCCCUUUCAGUAGUGGAGUUUACGGUGCAGAUCUUGGGCCAGAUCCCAGAGACGCCUUGCUCGCAGCUCAGGCGUUUGGGAGGAACCGGAAUCGCUUGGCUUGCCUAAAGCAAGAAUCAGAUCCAAAGAACGUGCUGGCAUACGCCUGUCCACUUCGGAAAGUAGCGAUGGAACAAACCCUGAUAAUCCUUGUUACGGGAGAAAACGGCGCCGGCAAGGACUACUGCGCUAGCAUCUGGGCCUCCAUAUUCAUAGCGCAUAACCCUGAAGGUCUCAAGGUGCGCGCAGUCAGCAUUAGCGAUGCGACGAAGAGUGAGUACGCAAUAGCAACAGGCGCCGAUUUCAAUCGCUUGCUUGAAGAUCGUGCCUACAAAGAGCAGCACCGACCAGCGCUCACAAGGUUCUACCGCGAGCAAAUGCAGGAUCGGCCGGGGUUGCCGGAGGAACAUUUCUUGGACAUCGUGCGUGACGCCCAAGAAGUUGACGUAUUGCUAAUCACCGGAAUGAGAGACGAGGCACCAGUAGCAGCCUUUUCGCAUUUGGUACCCAGUAGAAAAUUGCUGGAGGUCCGCGUCCAGACCAUUCACGAGGCGGGGCGUCCUACAGGAGAGUCCCAUCGCGAUAAUGAUUUUGAGUGCCACUGGGAAGCUGAGAACUAUAACAAAUACGCCCCCAGUCUAGAAAUUCAUGACGGCCGUCCAACCUUCGUAUUCUAUAACGACCAUAUGGGAAGCCAAACAGCAGCAGAUUUUUGUCAGAACUCUCUGCUUCCAUUGAUCGAAGAAGAUUUUUUCCGGCUGGCCAACAUGGUUCGCUCGGUACCUGACUUCCCAUGCCAAGGAAUUGAGUUCCGUCACGUGCUCAAUAUCUCCCAGCAGCCUGGCGGGCUAGCCCUUUGUACUUCUUUGCUGCAAAAGCACUUCACAAGCGAUUGGACCCAGAUUAAAGCCAUCGCGUGUUGUGAGACUGGUGGCCUUAUUUUUGCCUCGCCGUUGGCUACACAGAUGGGGAUACCUUUAGCCCUGAUUCGCGAAGCCAGAAAGCUUCCUCCGCCCACCUUUUCGGCUGGCAUGAGUAAGUCGCACAUCUCGUCAGCAGCGUUUGAAAGUCCAUACGAGAAGCUCCUCGAGUUGGAGAGGAACCUAAUCCCCAAAGGAGCUUCAGUAGUGGUAGUUGACGACGUCCUCGCUACGGGAAAAACGCUUUGUGCGGUCCUGACUUUAUUAAAGAAAGCUGGCAUUGGUGCCGAGAACGUCAGCAUUAUCGUGGUGGCCGAGCUUCCCAUUCACCGUGGCAGAAAAGCUUUGCGGGAGGCUGGAUUUGGCAGGGCAAGCGUUCAAAGUCUUUUGGUUUUUGACGGUGCUUAA